GUUAAAUAUGGCCCCCUCGGUCGUUGCCUAUAUAAACUGACAGACAUUAGGGUUUCCUGUGCUUUCCCCGCGGCCGCCUUCGCUUCCGGAGAUCUCAAUAGAGAGGCGAUCUUAGCAGCAUGGAUACUCAAGCUAAACUUGCAGUUGUGGUGAAAGUGAUGGGCCGAACUGGAUCUAGAGGUCAGGUAACCCAGGUCAGGGUUAAAUUUUUGGAUGACCAAAACCGGCUGAUCAUGAGGAACGUGAAAGGCCCUGUGAGGGAAGGUGACAUCCUCACCCUUCUUGAGUCUGAAAGGGAGGCUAGGAGAUUACGGUGAUGACUUUCAUGUCAAUGUUGCCUACAUUAGUAGGGUAACUCUAUUAAGCUACAGAUUUGUCCUUCUCUGCCAUGGUCUUUCUGGUUCUAUGGCAUUAGUUUGUAUUACUUAGUCGCUUUAUUAUGAGCUGUAUCGAGUCACUUUAUUAUGAGCUGUAUCGAGCCAAGAAACUGUUUUUUUCUCUAGUGAGUCAUUUAACUCUCAAUGUUUUAACAUUUUUUAUGCUCAUGUCAGUUCUCUC